UUUCCUUGUCCAUCGAUUUUUUCACAUCGAUAACUUUUCUGGAUGACGAAUAUCCCGCGAGAGACUGAUUAGAAAAUUAGAAUGUCGCGAUAAUCCGGGAGUCACGAGACUAAUUCGUCGAUAAUUUUAGUGCUGUUCAAAUCUGGACUGUCUAUCUCGACAGGACUAUAUCAGAUGAUUGCUUAAUCAUAUCCUCCGAGAAAAUUUUGUCAUUUGAAAUGUAUAAGAAGCGAGGGGAUCGCCAGAGAAAAUUGGAUGCUUGAUCGUAAUCUCGAAGCCUUCGCGUUUACAUUUUUUGCCGUAACAGAAAUAUCAUCGGCUUAUAUAUCUCCGGUAGAGAUUUUCGGUGUUCAUCAUAUUUCCCGCUCGUGGCAAAGGUCGAACGACGAUACGUUACGAGCGCUUUUACGAGCGAAAGGUGACCCAUGGGGAUUCCCGCGGUAAUAGUCGAACAAUCAACUAGGAAAAAAAGAGAAAAAAGAAAAUCCACACCUUCGUAGAUCGAAUCGUGCUCCGAUCGACGACUAGCUCCGAUCGCGUUGCCUUUAUGAGGCCAACCGCGUUUAUCGGCUGUAAAACGCACGCGGCUGGCCGAUAGUGCUUCACAAAAUUAUUUCACGUACAUGAAAUAAGAUGGAAAGACGGGAAUCGAAAGAACGAGACGAAUCAGUCGCCUUGAUAAAAACACGAUUCGACUUAAUAAAUAAAUCUAACGUCGAUUAAUUAUUCUCAAUUAAUCUCAAUUAAUUAUUAGCAAAUGCGACGAGUUGUCUCGUAAAAUCAUAUUUAAAAAGGAGAAUUUUGAGACGUGCAAUUUGAUCGGCAGGGAACAGGAAAAGUUCGGCUGAAUGAAGACGAGACGGGAAUAGAUGAACAAUGUGCACGGCGAUUGAUAAUCAUUGAAUAGUCGCGGGAAACAUCGAGCACGUAGAAGAAAUAAAAAUAGAGAAAGAGGGAGACUUGUGUGUGUGUGAGAGAGAAAGAGAGAGCGAGGAAAAAAAACGGGGAAAUGUGACGUGCGACUGAUCGAGAGCCGGCGAUCGAGAGCGGCUUGUGAUCGACGCGUCGCGGUCGAGAAUGGAUAAAUUUAUCCGCAUCGCGAGAGGAAUGCGGCAGAAGCGACGAGGAAGAGUGUACACGAGUACGCACCGCAGUCGCAUUUCCGAUAUAAAUUUAACGCGAUGAUUCGCGCGCUUUCGCAAUUAGCCGCUAUGGAGACUACUGAACUUAACUGGAGAGUGUACAAUGUCGGAAGGUGGACGUGCAGUGAUCUGGCUCCUAGUAUCAGCCCUUCGAGCUGCACGCCACCCGAAAGAUUCACGUACUAACUACUAAUUGCACCUGCGUGUUGAACCCCCCACCAGUUGCAGAGUACUGCACCCCGUAACCCCAUGACGCAUUUAACACAUGGCUCGCCUGGAGAUACCAAGCAUAGUGGUGUAUAAAGGAAGCAGGUCGCAAGAUCGACCUGAGAGUCCCACGGUGGUGGUGCGAGGAGGAAUGCCCUCACUGCCAUCGCCCAGGCAAGGCCUCGCCAUAAGUGGUGGCUCCGGUGGUGCGCUUCACCAAGACGCCUUGGAGUCGGAUAUGAUAGACGGGAAUGCCAACGUCGGCACCUCCUCGGCAACGAAUACGUUCCACCGUCCCCCGCCUUCCUGUCCGCCGCCCGACAAAUCGGACACCGAGAGCAAAAACUUUCGCAAUCGGACGAACACGAAACUAAAGCUGUUGGUCAGAAGCCAUGCCAUGAGAGAAUCGACGUCUCCCCCGCGGGAGCCACACGGCAACGGUUCACCGUCGCCGCACAGUCCACAAUCGGUGGACGGUGAGAAGAAGAUCGUGUGCGAUCACCUCUCGCCCAACUCCAACGGUGCCAAGCUCAAUAACAACGAGUCCAUGUUCAACAGCAAUCUCGGUCCCGCUCAAUCCCCCAAGCAAAUGCGCAACACGGCGACUUCGCCGACCUGUCGGACACCGUCGCGAAAUGGUCAAUCUAGUCCCUCUCAGAUACAUUCACCAAAGAGCAUCACCUCUCCGACUAACGGCAAUAAGUUGGAGAACCAUCGCUCCAAGUUUGUGAGUGCGAAUAACAUUCAAAAAUGCAAUAACUGCGUGAAGAACAAUCAAAAUGAGCGACCGGGUUUGCUGCAAACUCCAUUGUCGCCCUCCAAGUCCGGUCAAGCAUUGCAGCACUCGCCGAAGAGCACCAAUCUCGCGCCGAACGCGCAAAACAAUCAGCACAAAUCCGAGCAACGCAGGCCGAAUACAUUGAACAUUUGCAAUAAUCAAUGUUCAGCGCAAUGUGGCAACACGCUCUCGGUGAGCAGGCCCGGGUCCAGGCACAAAUUAAGACAUCAGAAUUCUUCUCAGGGCAGUUACGAUAGCGCAUCACCAUGUCUCUCGCGCGAUAGCAGCACGGAACUUUAUACAGAUAGCACAGGGAUAGAUCUCGAACAGUUCAUUGCGGAGACUAUAAAUCGCAAUCAAAAGGAUCGCACGGUGCUGCUAAAGAUUGAGAAAGAUCUAAUCGAUUUUGCGAGGGACCGACAAAAAGUUUCUCACAAAUUUCCAAAUAUGUCAUCGUACAACAGAAUGCUUGUGCAUCGAGUGGCAGCUUAUUUCGGCAUGGAACAUAACGUAGAUCAGUCGGGUUUAAGUGUUAUCGUCACACGAACUAAAAACAUGCGAAUACCGGAUACUCGCUUUAGAGAGCAUAUCAGGGAUGACAUGAUUUUGUCAGAAGAGCCGCGAAGAAGUAUUUUGAAGCGAGAUUCGAGCUCAUUCGAAGAUAGCUUCAAUUUCAAAUCGCCGGACAGAUUGUCGGGCGAUUAUUGUCGGCGCAGUAAAAGCUUCGAAGAGCGGGAGGAAGAGUAUGAGCGCGCCAGGCGAAGGAUAUUCAAAGACAGUAGCGGCGAGAGCAGCGAAGUCACAUCUUGGCCAUGGUCUUCGACGGAAAGUUCAGAUGUCUCGGCGAGGUAUCGCUUGCUACAUCCCUCAGAUCACAUAAUGAGGCAUAACCGACUGCUAAAAGGCGAAUCUUUCGAUGGGAGAGACUCGUUUCGCGGCGCGGUAUUGCGUCCAUCUGUUUCUAAAUCAUUCAGUUUUGGUGGAUAUACUAAAGGCAUGCUGUCAAGAGGAGAUAGUGUCACGUCCACGCAUAGCGCAGGCGCUCGCCUCAUGAAACAAGAUUCGGGGGCCAGUAUGUGUUCACGUUUGAGUCCAAGCCGCUCGAGCAGCGGUUAUAAAUCGCAGAGUCAGCGCAGUGAUGCGACGAUAUCGCCAUCACCAUCGCCGUCUCCUGUACCGGCCAUGAUGACGUGUAGUCACACUCAAGUAUCUAGUCAAGAUCUAGCCUCACCAGAAUCGAAUGGUGGUCAAACGGUUAUGUGGGCAGUUAGUAGUUUGUCGAGCGUGCCACCUGGCAGUAUAAUAAUAAAUCCGCAAACCAAUCAACCGUGCACGAAUCCAGACGGUUCGAUCUAUCGUUUCGAUCCGGAUAAUCUACCAAAGUUUUAUACCAUCGAAAACGAACACAAUAUGUCGUCCGCGAUUAAUAAGCAACAACACACGGAACUAUCUCCCGAGCCAUCCAGAGCACCGAGCGGCAAUUCCAAGAAUGACAGCAGGAAGCAACAACGUUCAUCGCAAUCGAAGAUGAAUACAGUUAGCGCAUCUGGAACUCAAGUGACGAAUACAGCGACAUCGCCGAGUCUACCAUUUACACCACCACCACCACCACCACCACCGCCUCCUCCUCCCCCUCCUCCUCCACCUCCUGCUCCUGCUCCUGCUCCUGCUCCGCAAAACGCAUCCAUUCCGCAACAACAGCAACAAAUGCAGCAGCAACCACAAUCACAGCAGCAAAGUCUAGUCAAAUCGUCAACAACAAUGCAGACGUGUAGUCAUACUAACCAAAUAGCUCAGCAAUCGUACGCGACCUACAUACCUACCUCAGAACCGUACAACCAGGGUGUUUAUCCGCCUCAUAUGGGGCAACCAACUGUGAUGAUGGCACCUCAUCCGACUCAGGGUCAAGCGAGCAUGCAGAACGGCGGUCAAGGGGAUGUCUUCAAUCAGAGUCAGGUCUAUGCCAAUUAUGCGGUACCUGUACAUCAAGGACCAAUACCACAAUCAGGGGAUGUGACCGAAUUAUCUGGGUAUUUCUUGGGAAUGAACAUAUACGAUCAACGUGGCAGUGGGGAUAGCCAUCCGACAACUCCGCAUUCUACGUAUCCACAACCGCCGCCACCUACGAACCAGACUGUACAAAACAUGCAGACGAUACAACCGAAUUAUUGGCAACCAUCGCCAAAUCAAAUACCACCUCAACAGACCAUGUACUUUAUGCCUCCACCUGGAACGGCUAUCUCUGUCGGUCAAAAUCCGGGAGACAGGCAACAAUUACAUCAACAACAAAGAUUUUCGACGAAUUAUUCCUUCAACACGCAAACGAUGACGCCUCCGAGCCAAACAAAUUCUAAUUAUGUGGGCACUUACCCGGUACCUUACAAUUCGAUGCCGGCAGUAACCCCGACACCGAGCGAUUAUACGUAUCAACCUCCGGUCCAUAUGGUUCCUACGUAUUAUCCGCCAGCACAACCGACGAUGCAACCGCCGCCCGUAAUGUACAGAGUACCUACACCACCAAAUACUCCGACAUCCAAUCAGAUACCUAUGCCGUUGAUGUACGUCAACUCGAGUAGUUAUGCGACCCCGGCGAUGGUAUCCGGUGGAACAUUUGGUCAUCAAGUCGCUCACAAUGGCACAUCCCCGGCGCCGCCUAGCGCAUAUAUGACACCUACACUGGUUCCCAAUCUCGUCUUCAGACAAAACGUUCCUGUCGUUUCCGGUGUUCGAGCGACAACGCCAGGUAACUCUCAACGAGCUAGUCGAUCGCCAACUCCGGCACACGAGCUCUUCGGAGGUGGAAGCGGAGACAGAAGCGCACAACCUCAACCACGUUACCCACUGCCAAUGUAUCAGGGUGUCCAUAUCGUACAAGGGGAUAUGAGAUUGAUGCAUCCUGGCGUACCAACCAACCCCCGGUUGCAGUAUGCACCAGUAUCAUCACCGCCUGUUGUUCAAGGUUGCCCGCGACCGUACAGGCCGCCCUCUUAUUCGUCUAACACCUCGGGGGCCGGCACGCCGACUUCCUUCGAUGGCAGAAAUCAGAAGAUUCGCAAACAGAGGUCCAAAGUAAUGUCUUUGCCACCGAGCGGCGCACGGCCCAAUCUCUAUCAGGCGCCUUCCAUGCCAUCACUCUCGUCAAACGUACCCAAAGAUAUCAGAGAAGCAAAACCUGUGGAAGACAGUAUGAUAUAAGGAACGGUAAAGGUGACAAUUACCCGUCGAAACCAGCUGGUACAAUUUUGAGUAAGCGAGCCGAUAGGAUAACAUACCUGAUAACCCAGAGUCACAGUCCUGAUUAUCCAACAACCGAGAUUAGCAAUCUACUUUAUUUAUUCAGAAAUACUAUA